AUGGCUGAGGAGAUCUCACGAAUUGUUUCUCAGUUAACUAUUGAUGACGAAGAAGACGAGAUUCUGGACUUAGGUGCUCUAAACCCUAGCGUGGAGAAUAAGCUUUCAUUGGUUCUUUUUGGGAGACUGCUAACAGAGCGCUCGUUCAACGUGGAGGCUUUUAAACGUACGAUUACUUCUGUCUGGGCUCCUUCCCAAGGACUGGUUAUUCGCGUUCUUAGCCCCAACUUUUUUGCAUUCCAAUUCUUUCAUUGGAGAGAUAUGGCAAAGGUAAUUGAUGGACGUCCUUGGUGUUUUGAUAAUAUGCUCAUCUUGUUGAAAGAAGCAGAUGGAGAAGAACAACCGGACCAGGUAAAAAUCAUUCACUCUCCUUUUUGGGUUCGGAUUAAAAAUUUGCCAUUUAACUAUAGAUCGGACGAGAUAGUUAAAGCCCUAAUUGGGAAUAUGGGUGAAAUUUUGGAGAUUGAGGAAGAUGUAUUGGGUAUUGGUAGGUAUCGAAGAGUUAGGGUGAUGAUGGAUGUAACAAAACCUUUGCGUAGAUUCCGUAAGUUGAAGGAUAAAAGAGGCCAAGAACUUCAUGUUGAUUUCGCCUAUGAAAGGCUUCCUUUUUUCUGUUUCACGUGUGGAAUCAUGGGACACUCGGAACGGAAUUGCCAUAUAGUUCCGGAAGAAGAAAAACAAGAGAAGCUGGGAUGGAGUGCUGAACUGAAAGCUACUCCAAGGAAAGGAAGGUUAAAGGAGAUUGAAGAAGAUGAGAAAUAUAGAGCUAGUAGGAAAAUUCUUUUCACUGCUGCUCCAAGGACUGAAGCUCCUAUAAAUGAUAAUACUAUGUUGAACACGUUGGAUGGUAAGUCUUCAAAGCCAUUUAAUGAUGCAGUGGUGGAAUCAUUUAUUGAAAAAGUAGUUCAUAAAGUCAAUGAUGCUUUGGUGGAAGUACAAGUGGCUGGGGUAAAGGAAACAUCCUUUAAUGCUAGUGAGACAUUUAUUGAAAACGUGUCUCAUGAGUUAGAGACUAUUUCUGUGAGGCACCUUUCCCCAAACAAAGCCUUGCCCCUUUUGUUUUCUCUAGCUGCAAAAAGGGGCACGUGGAGUCAGUGCCAAAAUCCAAGGCUUGGAAGAGAUUGGCUCGUGGAGCUAGGGAGGAAAAUGGUGGGGUUCAUUUGA